CUUCCCUAACGUUUCGAAAUAAAUAUUGUGCCCAGUGUCACGGAUAUGCUGACUUUCAAACAUGGACUGUUGAUAUAUCCUGUACGGAUUUACCAGAAGAGAUAAACGAUGUUUCCGACCCGGGAGUUAUCUUUGCGAGGCUACAGAAUUCACUCAUGUGCAUGGUUGGUCAAAACAAACCCAGGAAUAUUUCUACUCGGCCAUGCACAGUGCUGGAUUUGAUAUCGGAAUGCAAUGUCACAGGAAUCUGGCAAGAAUAUAAUUCAGACAUUGAAGCUGCUUGUCAUGCUUACACACAUGUCUUCAGGGAUUAUUACAGGAAUGUAUUCUGCUACAUUUGUAACGAGAACGAAAUACAGCUCGAGUCCAUUCCUAUGGGAGGUAAUCGCGGCGGUCCUAUUGGAGGUUAUGUCGACGCUCCAUUCGUUUCAUUUGCUGCAAUACUUCAGUUUGAGGAAGAAAGUGAUGUGGAGUCAUCGUCCGGGGAAGAAUGUUCCAAAGGAGAAUAUGAUGACAUAUUCACCAACCAAUGUCUCGCGAUUCUGUGUCCGUCGUUUUACCAGCUGUAUCAGAAAGAAUGCACAUUACCAACGGGCCUGUUCGACCGUAAUAUGUCUCUGUACUAUGUGGUAGAGUUGCACCUACUUCCUACGUACAUCGACCAUCUACACCUGAGAAAGGGCAGCUUGGACCUGUUGUCUGGAGUGCUUCGGGAUUCUUACAAACAACAAGGAACGCUAAACAGCUGGCACCUUGAGAAGCUGAUUGUCAGUAUGUACAGGGAGAACUCAUCUCUCGCCAAUGAAAUAAUGAACGAAGAACACACUCAUGUCCGACAUGAGGAAAAUGAUGCAGUUGCCAGUGAAGACGGUCGUCAUGAAAACAUAUCACAGUCACCAGAUCAGUACGUCAUCUCCAGGAUAGACAUUGAGCUAUACGCAUCUUAUUCAAGUGGAGAUUCUGCUGAUUUCUUUGAAAGCUUAUCAAAUCUGCUUUUUAAAGAAUUUUCUGUUUCUGUUGAGGGUCUGGAAGAUCUCGGGAGCAGAUACGAAGAACUAAUGGAGGAAAAGCUAUCGAGUAUUGAGCAAGGGUAUGACGUUCUAACCAUUCUAACAGCUGUCUGCUUGGUGUUUAGCAUGUUCUUCUUGCUCCUAUCGUUUUCUGUUUACGCUUUGAUACCAGAGUUACGAACAUUGCCAGGUUGCAACUUGAUGUUUUUGAUUAGUUCCCUUUUCCUCGCGCAGGGACUUUUUCUUUUCGGCGCAGGCGCAGUUAGCAAUCGCGUGAUAUGCAAAAUACUCGGCGUAGUGAUACACUAUUUUUGGAUGGUCACCUUUGCGUGGAUGAAUGUCUGCACAUUUCACGUUUUUCGUGUGUUUCGAAACAUUUUGUCAUCCGUUAAACUAUCAAAUGACAAAAGAAUAAUCUUACUGAAAUAUGGAACAUUUUCGUACGUGAUGCCAGCUGGUAUUGUUGCCGUAACCAUUUUAGCGAACUAUUUCUUGUCUGGUAUUUCCACCAUUGGGUACAGUGACAGCCGAGCAACCUGUUUCCUCAACCCUGGCGUUAUCACUCUUGUAGCGUUCGGUGUUCCCGCAGUCGUCACGGUCGUAUGUACGGGGGCCUUCUUCGUAUGCACGGUCGUAGCUCUUAGACGGGCUUCAGCUGAACGUGCCAGUGUGGGGAAGAAAGAAACAAAAGUAAUCCUUAAUUUGGUAAAGCUAUCGUCUGUCACGGGUCUCUCGUGGGUGUUUGGUCUUCUGGGGUCAUUAUUCUCAAUUGAAGCAUUCAAGUACGUAUUUGUGGUCCUCGCAGCUGGGCAAGGCGUGCUCAUCUUCCUGAGCUUUGUGUUAAACAAGCGUGUCUUUAAACUGCUUCUUGGUCGUUGUUGUCCAAACCAGCGAGAGAAACGAGACAGGUCAACUUCGUAUACUACAUGCGGGACUUCGAACAUCUCAUCCGAUUGA